UGUCGCCCUCGUCCGGCGCCGGCGAAGACUAAAUUGCCUUGGCUUUCCACCUGGAGACUCCAAGUGAGGGUGUGAGUCGUGGCGGCCGCUUCCCAGUCCCCGGAACGAGGCCCAACGCCACUCCACGGGCGGCAGAGGCGGAGGACCUGCCCAACGAGAGGAAGGUGCCCUCCUAGGCGGGGAGGCAAAAGGGACAGGAGGAAAAGACCACCAAUAUUCUGUCUUAGUCGUGGAGCAUCUUGAUCAGUCUGGUGUGAAGAACACCAGGGUCCUGGAGGAGCACCUAGCAGUCCGACCUCAUUAAUUUCCUCUGAUGUCAUAUUGGAAAAGAUCAGGAUAUCCAAAGAUAUUUAACCUUCCAUAGGAAGAAGAUGUUAAAAACUUUAAACAACCAUCAGAAUAAUAACAAUAAUGGAUCUCUGUCAGAAAAAUGAGACUGAGAUAGAAAAUAGUGAAAAUAAUGAAAUUCAAAACAUAGAAGAAACAGAAUUAACCUAUACUUGUCCAGAUGGAAGAAGGGAAAAGAAUCAUGUUUGUUGUCUUCUCAAUAUCAGUGACAUUACGUUUGAACAAGAUGAAAAAGCCCGCAAGUUUGUUAUCGGAACUGGAUGGGAGGAGGCAGUUCAAGGCUGGGGAAGGAUUUCUCCAACUGCCUGCAUCUGGCCCAGGAAGAAGCUUAAAAAGGCGAAGGUGGGAGCAAGUGCCAACAGCUGCUUAGUCUGUGUCAGUCUCUCCCAAGGGAUCCCUGAGACCAAGCCUCAGUCCGAGGCUGGGAAGUUGGAGUCCAGGGCUCCAGCUGAGGCAGACCCAGAGAGGGAUCAAGGCUGCCCCUCCCAGACUCAGAGCCAGGAGCACAAAGACCCCACCACCACCUCCAGGGAGAGUGGCAAGAUGUGUUUUCCCUCCUGCAAUCAGGGAGAGAAAAAAAAUCUGCAAAUAAAAGAGUUUAUUUGGUGCAUGGAAAAGUGGGCCACGCCAGAGACUGUUAGGGCCAAAGGCCCCAGCGGACGUGCCGACAGGGGUCAUUCUAUCUCAGACUCAUGGACUUCCAAGGGCCUUUUAAUUCUGCCUCCUCUGAAGGCUUCAGCCCCAACUGGCUUGGGUGUUCUGGGUAAGAAGAGUAAGAACUUUCUCUUGCAACCAGAAGAGAAGGUGCUGCGUGUAGACAAGGAUGAGUGUGUGGCUUGUGCAUGUGAAUUGAAAACAGUUGGCAGGAAAAAUGGAAAGAGACCCAUUGAGCUGGCCAAGCCCCUUAAGGUCAACUGCAGGCAGCCUUUUCCUCCCGCAGUGGUUGGGACACCCCUAGUGGCCAAUCUGGAGAGGGGCUGCCUGCACUGGUCCAUCCUGCCUGAGAAAAACCUGCUGUGCCCUCCCCAUUGCAACAAUGUUUGCUGUCUCACUACCAGGCAGCUUUUGCAGAGAGAGGGAGCGCAAAACUACAAAGCCAAAUUCAAAACUAGGGAGCCGAGACCUCCCGUGAACACUCAAAAGUGCGUUCCCAAGGAGGCCAAGCAGGAAAACAGGCACCAAACUUUGGAGACCAAUGUGUUCCCAAGACCUCUCUUGCCAUCUCUCACAGUGAGCAGAGUUGUUAUUCCUGUAUCCACUCACAGAUUCCUCUGAAUUGCCACAAUAUAAUUCCCUGGGCAUAAGUACCUUUGAAGCCCGUUCAUCCUCUUUCUCUUCUGCCCCUACCCCCUUCUCUUUUCUUCCUUUCCCACAUCUCCCCUCCCCUUCUCUUUUCUCAUUCCUUUUCCCCUCUUCUUCCUCCCCAUCUUUGUCCUUUUUUUUGUAGUAGAACCAGAGGAAAUAAACUCAUUGUAUGGGUUUUUGAUUUAUUCUCAAAACACCCAUAUUUAUGUGUUACCUGCUUCAGUAGCUCAGGUAUUUACAAAAUGCAAACUGGUAAUGCCGGUCUCAGCCUCUGCCCGCCUUACAGCUCCUCUUCCACCGAAAGCCAAGUGGAUGGUGGGGAAUCUGAAAAGGGCGUCUAUUGGUGAUGCCCCCGUGCAUCCUUGAGUCCACUGGAAAGGGCUCUUUCUGCCCCACCCCAGUGCCUUCAGCUAAGUGUACUGGGCCUGUUUGGAUGAAGUUAUUUCCUGAUAAACCAGGCAGCUAUCUGCCUGUUGCUUCAUUUUCUCUUGCAACAAAGAUCUGAAAUGUUGGUUUAGUAGAAAACGCCAGUCUGUGUCUAAGUGGAUGUCCUUGCGUUCCAGAUGACAUAUCCUUAUAUUAUACCCAUGGGUACGCCAUAUCCAUUGGUGCUACAUGUCCAAAGUGACAUAAAUCCAUGGGUUUACCAUACUUAUUGUAUCCUAUGUGUCCAAAGUGACAUGUCCUUAUAUUGUAGCCUCAUGCUAAUCUCUGUGUCUGAGAAGUCUUAGCCACAGUUCCACAAAAUCCGUGUUGGAAAAUAGCUUAAGAAUAGUUAUUUGAAAAAAGAUCACUGUGAUUAUUGUCGCCCCACAUACUUCCUCCACCCUUACUUUGUAUCUAAUAUUUUGGAACUCAACAACCCCAGAUAGAUACUUAGAAUGUGGUGGUUAAUUUCUCCCUUCUCCCCCUUCAUUUUACUCCAAUGCAUGUUUCCUGGAGUUGUAUAUAAAUUAAACAUUGCUUGUAAAUGAGUUAUAUUUUAAAUGCCAAGUGAGCAGAGAAAUGCUCUGAAAAAAACUUUGCAAUAUGAAUAACCAUCUAACUGCUCUGUAAUUACUGUUUGAAUUUGCUUAAAGUAGGUUGUACUUGAACUCUGGACUUUCCAUCCCAUAAAUGAUGAAUAUUUAUAAACAUCUGCUUUCUGUAAUUGCUCUUUAGUUGAGGUUGUUUGCUUUGCUGGUUUGUUUUUCUGAAACACGGGGAAUGCAGGGAUGAUUAUAGUACAGCAGUCAUUAAAAGGUAUAUUUUUGCCUACUUUGGUUACACACUCCUUUACAGUCUAGAAGCAAUUUUUAGGUUCUUGUCAUCCCUUCUUCCCUGAAUGAACUAUCUGGUUUCCAUCCCCAAGAAAAUGCCCUGAUUUCCCAUGGUUUCUGGACAAUGGGGAUGUUGGACCUGGUAUGUUUGAGGACACUCCAGCAAUGGCAGCCUGCCCACCUAAGUCCAUGGGUUUUUAAGCCCCCUUUUACAAACAGCAGGAUAAUAAGCCCAAUAUGUGAAGCAAUCAAAAGCAUUUGAUUGGGAAGGAAGAAUAUGGACCAGCAUGAGUGAGGGCUGGAGCCCCACCUAGUCAACCCAGAAGUGCUUUUGAGAUCUUGAGGCAGUUUGAAAACACUGAUGUAAGUUACAACCAAAUAUUUCUUAUGAAAAACUCUCUUGUUGAGAUGCAGUUGUAAAUUCUAUAAUUUUGGGGGUAAAUGUAGCAAUAAUGUAGAAUUAAGAGGAAGGUGAGUCUGAACCAAAAAAAUGGCCAAAUUUACUAAAGAUUCAUGGUAUCAUUCUUUUUGAGCAAAUAAUUUGGCCAACAAAAUAUUGAGUAGAACAUUCCUCUGUGAAUGCAUAAGAAUGUUCUGUUGGUAUCUGUCUGUUAGGUAAUCACCCAGGUACCUGAUGAAGUCCCUUUGGGAUCCUGUUUACAUUAGCCCAUGUUUAGUUUCUCUGUGGACAAAGUCAUUUUAAGCCUUGUCCCAAUUUCCAUUCAGAUUAAAUCAGGUGCCCAAACUGGUCUUUGAUGUCCAAGUCUAGAUAAAGGCUAAAUGUUUGCUAGAAUGCAGUCCCCACUAGGGAUCUAGGUCACUAAGGAAACUUGCAGGGUAAGUCUUGCUGUUUUAAGGCAUCAGGCAUGUUCUAACACAGGUGAGCAGGCUUUUUCCUUUCUCAAGGUGAUGACUGAUGAGGUUUGACUCCUCUACUCCUUUCCAAACCAGGCAUGGAGAGCUCUGUGUUUUCAUCCUUUGUUCUAUUAUAUUUGGAUGUUAUCUUGAAAAUUUAAAAAUCACAAAGUGGAAUUGUGGGAGCAUCCGACACAGGGCCGGAGGUCACCUACUGGGUGAGGCUGGGUGAAGCCUGGGGAUGCUGCUGAGGGUGUAGGUGAGGCAAGGGAGAGGCCAGAGGGGCAGGAGACCUUGGGCAGAUGGAACGUCAACCUGAGAGUUGAGGGGGUGGCAUGUGUGAAGGGCAAGGGGGAGACUUUAAAUCUAUUCCAAUUCUAGACCUGGCUAUAUACAUUUGGACAAAUACACAAGACUUUGGCUACUCAGGGAGACUUUCCCUAAUUUUUAGUUUUAUUCGUUUUUAUUCUGGACUUUGCCUCUACUGUGAAAUUUACCUGUACUUCAAAGAUCAUUCUAUAAAGUAAUUUGAACCCACAAUUAAAUUUGUUUUUAGUCUCCCCUUCUAAGUGCAGGAGCCUCAGGACCCAGAGUGACCACAGCUGGCCAAGCAGGCCAGAGUGCACUGCUGGAAGCCUCUAUCUGGGGUUUUGGGGGUGCCUGGACUUGUGUCCACUUGGUGCUGUAGUUUAGGGGCUCCUGAGAAGCGAGGUGGAGAGGAAAGCAACAGAGGGGUUCCUGGGGCUGUGAGAGAGGGCAGACCAGGGCGAUUGCUGGAACCACGGAGAAUACAUUUCUGCUGUCGCUCUGCUCUGCUAACAGGAGCCACGAGAGACUCAAUGUCAGGCUCUCGCUGCCAGGGCUAACCUCUGCCCUGAGUUCCACUAGCCGGUCACAGGAUACAAUGAUUCCACUGGUUUUCAGUUGGGCUUUCUAGGAGUUCAAACCUCCUUUUGGGCAUUUUCUCUUUUUAUCCUGAGCAUAUGCAUGCAUGUCAGGGAUCAGUUUCUUCUGUAACCCAAGGAGCAUCCAGUCAACAGCGAGGUUGAGUUUAGUCAGGCCAGGGUAAGGUAUGGAGCCUGGCGUCUGAGGCUCGAUGUGUCCCCCAGGAGGAGCACAGUUGGAGCACUGGGUGGAAAAUACCACAUGCGGCAGGAAGGAGGGCUGGAGAAUGUCAUUCCUUCCUGUAAGGUGGGAACAGCCUCAGACACAAGAUGUGGUGGGGAUGAUGAGGUAAUGUAUGUAAAAUGCCAGCAGAAGUUUAUGGUUUUCCUGAAUGUAUUGAUCAGAUCAAAUGUAAAUAACUGGAUCAUUUAUUUCCCCUUAAUGA